GUGAUACCGGGCCCAACCGGGCACGGUGUGCGACAACUACGAUGCAAUUGGAACACUGAUCGUGGAGACUUGGUCGUGGAGAGACGCAGCCUCGAAACAGGGGCCGGUCUUACAAGCUGCCCUUUCUGAUUUCAUCACGAGCUGCAUCGUAACACAGUGAUGAUGAUGCGCCGGCGCCGGGCGCGCAGUGCCGUCGCCAUUGCAGCGGGCGCGGCGGUCCUCGCCACCGUUCCGCUUUUCAUCCAUCACGCGCCCGCGCCGCGCGACGUGCGCGCGCGCGUGGUGCGCGCGGCGGCGGCGUGGUCGGCGGCCGCGCCACCGCAGCCGGCGCCUUCGGCGGGCGGCAAAACGCCGCGGGACGCGCCGGACCCCGAGGCGGAGGCCGCCGCGCUGCCGCGCGGCACGAUCGUCGCCGUGCAUGGCGACGCUCGCGUCGCGACGCAGCGGCGGCUCCUCGCGCGACUCGGCGGCGCCGCGGGUUUGACGCGAGCGACGGAGAACGCCCUCGACUUCGAGGCGUUCGACGCGCACCUCGCCAAGGCGGCGCGCGCGCGCGCCGCGGGCGGCUUGGCCGCGCGGCGGAGCCGGAACCGGACGGCGUGCGCGCCGCGGGCACCGACGUUCGCGACGAGCACGCGCAAGGACUACAGAGGCUUCGUCGCAGAAGAGCUUCUCGAGCUCGGGCUCUGUCUGCUCCCGCGUGAAAAUCCAAAACUCAAGGCACCUUUGACUUGUUUGAGCUCGCGCAGGCCCGCUUGACCGCGCGGCGCGCGGCGCGCCGCUCGACGUGUACAUCGGGGAGCCAGGCACCGGGGAUGACGCGGCGCGCGCGGCGGCGCGCGCGGCCGGCGGUGGCGCCGCGCGCCUCGCACCGCACGCCCGCCUCGGCCACGUCCCCGGCGUCGCGCGCAUCGCGUCGAAAGGCGGCGCGGCGCACGCGUUCUGGACGUGCCGCGGCCACAUGUCGUCGCGCGCCGACGCCUGGCUCUGCGCCGCGCUCCUGCCCGCCUUCGACGUGGCCUCGACGUCCCGGGGAUGGCCGCCGCGCGACGUCCGCGUGGCGGUGUCGCGCGCGUCGGACGUCGUCGCGUGGGCCGCGAGCCAGACGUUUCCCGUCGUCUGGAUCGUCAAGCCGCGCGAGGGCAGCUACCUGUCGCGCGGCAUGCACGUCGUUACGAUGUCGCGGCGCGACGUGGCGACGCCGGCCGCGCUCGACGCCUGGGUCCUGGACAGGGUCGUCGACAGGGACUGCCGGCGGCCGGCCGCGCGCCGUGGCCCCGAGUGCGAUCGACGCAAGAACGUGACCUUCCAGCGCUACGUGCACCGGACGGCGCUCGUGCGCGGCCGCAAGUUCGACGUGCGGGUCUGGGUGUUGGUCACGUCCGUCGACCCGCUGCGCCUCUACGUCCUGCGGCACGGCUACCCCAAGAUCGCGUCGCGCGCGUACACGGGCACGCGAGACCUCGGAGACCAGUGCCGACACGUCCGCCUGAUGCUAGAUCCGGCCUGCGUCCACGGGGCCGGCGAAUUCCUCGCGAACUUUCCCGACGGCUACCCGAAGUCGACGGCGUCGCCGGUCUUCCACGACGGCUUCGAGCUCGUCCGCGGCCACGCCCCACCCCCGCUGCCGGGGAACACGACGGCGACCGCCCCGGGCGCGCGCGCGCGCUGGGUCGACGCGGAGCACUUCUGGCAGGCGACCGUCUGGCCAAACGUCGAGAGAGCGCUGACGGCCGCGCUGCUCCUGGCACGCCGCGACCUCCUCCGCGCGAAGGCCGCGCACGAGCGCGCCGACCCCGCGGCGGCGGGGCUUCGCCGGUUCGCGCUCCUGGCGCCCGACCUCGCCGUCGACCGGCGCGGCCGCGUCUACGUCGAGGAAAUCAACGCGAACGGGAAAAUCAUGGGCACGCACGGGCGGGCCGGCGGCUACCGCGACCUCUUCCACGACGACGGCUACGUGCGGGCGUUCCUGCGCAUCGUCGGCGUGGACGCCCACCCGGAGAAAAAGCGCUACGGCGGAGCCCUCGCCGCCGCGCUCGACCAUUUCUGCGCGGCCGCCGGCGGCAGCUGCGCGCCGGGCGACCGCGCGGACCUCGAGGCCGCCGUCGACGAGGAGGCGCACGCCGGCCCGCACUGGUACCGCUUGUACCCGCCGACGCGCUGCGUCGCCGCGCGGCACGGAGGCGCGUGCGAGACCGACGCCGACGGCGCGUGGUGGCCCGAACAGGCGCGCGUCUCGCGCGCCGCGCGCGCCGCCAUGGGCGAGACGCCGCGCGACGCGACGCUGCGCGCCUUUCUCGCGGCCGUCGACACGGAGGCGAUCCACGGCGCGCCGGCGGUGCCAGGCCACGGCCGCUGGUCCCCGCGGGCCUACCGCGGGACCUACGCGCCCUAGCUACAUUGCCAGUAGAAAGCUGUCUUUACUUCGCACGGCAGCCGCCUACGUGUAGUUGGCCGGGAUGUGGACCUUUGCGUCAUCUGUCCUCGAUUCGUAAGGU